UUUUAUUUCUGUCAAUAUAAUAGAUUCUAUACAAGAAGAAAUUGAGAUAUAUAUAUCAUUUAUUUUAACUCUCUGUGACAAAAGUUAAAAGACUACGUAUUCAAAAAUAAAUAUUUUUUAGAAUUGAACUUUGGAUUAAUUUUUCAAUAUUUCAAUGUUAUUUGCAUAUCUAUAAGCUCAGAAAUUAUACAUAUCGGGCAUGUCUCUAUGUAAGCACGUUUAUUCUUGGCCCUCGAAGAGAAGAGCUUGCUAGGAUGAACGGGUGAAAAUGUACCCAAAAGGUCAUCGUCGAUCGCGAAGCUUCGUCGAGUUUCGAAGACAGUGUAAAAAGAGCGACGCGGUCCUAAAAGCCUCCCUACGUUUUUUAAAGAUCAGAACAAAACGCUGCCGAGAAUUUGCGGCGGCGUCGUGCACGAAGCGGGCAACGUCCGGAUUAAACUUGCACGUUCUCGAAGACGUCCUCGGCGAAUCGAUCACGCGAGUUGCCAACAGUCUACAGUCCUUCGUUGCCUUCGAUUCGGUGAUACUUUUGAUUCAGGAAACGUGACAGCAAGAAUAUAGCACAGUUCGAGCAAAUUGUCAUCGAUGAUGGGACAGUGAGAAUGUGACUCCAAUCUUUUCAUUGACUUCAACAAUGUAAAUUAGAGCAUGAACUGGUUACACGCAGACAUCAGAUGGAUAUAGCAAUGUAAUCUGCGAGAAUUAUGAGAGUGCAAAAAAAAUUACAUUGGAAUUAAUAUGACGAAAUUGGAAAAACCGGUGAUAUUGAUAAGAUAUAUCAUAUCUGACUAAAUAACUGCAAUAAUUUAAAUUUUAUUUUGUUUUAACUAUAAAUAUCAGACUGUGUUAGAAAUAAAAUUUGGCAAAAUUUAUUGAUAUUUAGUAUUUGUGUGAAUAAUAAAAAAGUCAAGUGUCGUAACUAAGAAAAUCGCUCUAUUAAUAUAAUAAUAUAAGUUGCGUUUCUUAUAAAAUUCAAUUUUUGUAUCAACUUUCUUUAUCAAUUUAUAAAUUCUUACAAUCUAUAAAUUCAAUAUGGGUUGGUUAUCUCUCUGCGUCUGUGGUACGAAGAACAAUUUCGACGAGAAGAAAAAUAAGAGAGAUGGGAAAGACAAGAAGAGUAAAAACAAAAAAUCCAAGAAGCAAUCCAAGCAGAACAAAUCUCACAAAACAUCGUUAUCCUUUGUCGACGAAACUUUGCGUAAAUUACAAGAUGAGCAAGUUGAGAAUGAAAUUAUAAAAAAAGAUUGGACGAACGGAAAAAUUAAUUGUUUCGACGAUUGCGCGAAAAAUCAAAUCGAUGUAAAUAAUCCAACCGAUUUGACAAAAAUCGACGAUGCACCGAAUAAUCGCUGGUCUUAUCAAAUCGAUGACGAUCAUAACAACUUUGAGGAGCUUCGCAAGGAAUCUUCGGAAAGAAACGUGACUGAAUUUGAUCAGCCAACAUAUGAUUUCGAUUACGACGAUGCGGUGUUGCAUUCAAGAUGUGCAUCAAACACAGUCGACGAAGAUGAUAAGCAGGUCAAGUGUAUCUCGGACGAGGAAGAGCAUCAUGAAGAAGCGGAUUUGAACGAGUUCGUCUUGAGAUCAGUGACACCCGGUGAACUCAAAGGCUCGUUCUGGAUAUCGGAAUUCAAGGAGAAACAGGAUGUGCUCGUAGAACCCGGCUUUGAUAGAAAAUUUGAGGAUAGAACAUCGUCUAAAAUCAAUUUUUCUAGCAAAGAGAAAAUGAAAUCAAAAACGAGAAAAGAGUUGAGAAAAGAAUCGAGAAAAGAGUCGAGGAAUAUUCUUCCGCCGAUCAAAAGGGAGUCUUGCGCCGAAUCGUGCAUGGAUAAUGAGGAACUGCAAAGAAACUGCGAAGAAAUGAAUAAAUUUGGUUUUAAGAGCAGCGAGCAAAGCAAUAUUCAGCGGAAAUUAAACUCGUGCAGUUUCGAGGUUCGAUCGUUCGAGGAUGAGGAGCGAAGUGAAAAGACUAGGAUUCGGAACAAUGGAUCCAUGAUACCCAGACUUACAUCGCCCAUGCAGCAAAAGAAUUUAAUCAAGAGCGAGAGCGAUAAAAAGAAAAAUUUACAGAAUGGUCGCGUUCACUCGGCAGUCGUCUCCGGUGUCAAUUUAGACCAGCGUACUGUAACUGUAGAAUGGUUCGAGAGAGGAGAAACCAAAGGCAAAGAGGUGGAAAUCGAUGCGAUUCUCGCCUUGAAUCGCGAUUUGAACCAAAAGAUGGGACCACCACCACCGGUGAUGAACAAUCACAUGUUAGCGUCCUCGAAAGCAAGGGAGCCUGACUCCUCGGCUGAAGAGGACGAGGGGGUCGACGAGUCGGAGAACCAAGAAGAGGGUUCCCUCGGACGUCAUGGCGGUCACACCGCAAGAAACGGCCUCGCCUCCGCAACGCUUCCUGUACGAGUCACAUCUCGUCUCUCGCACUCCACCAGACCGUCUAUUCCAGUGAAAGCAACUUCAAAUAAACAAGUAUCGCGACAGACGGGACGCCCGACAAACAUAAUGUCGACUCCAUCGGUGAACGGUCACGGAGACUCGGUUUCCGGUCUUACGGGACGUCGGGAGCUUGAAAAUAUACCGCCGACACCGACAUCGACGGCCGCGCAAUACAAUCUAGCGACUUCGGUGCAAAAUAAACAGCAGAAACAGACCCAGCAACAACAACAACAGCUACAGCAGCAGCAGCAGCAACAGACCCAGGUAGAAAAUGGCCGUGGUAGACGAUCCAACGUCGUGAAGGAGGUCGAGAGACUAAAGAAGAACAGAGAAGAAAGGAGACAACGACAGGCAGAAAUCAAAGAGGCGAUGAUGAAUGUGGAUCCAGGCAAUCCAUAUUGGGAGUUUCUUGCCAUGAUAAGAGAAUAUCAAAAUGGUAUAGAGUACAGGCCAUUGCGAGACACGGAUACCGUGGAGGAUCACCAGAUCACCGUAUGCGUGCGAAAACGUCCGCUUAAUAAGAAGGAACACACGCGCAAAGAGAUCGACGUGAUCACCGUGCCUAGUAAGGAUCAAAUGGUGGUGCACGAACCGAAAUCCAAGGUCGAUCUCACCAAGUAUCUCGAGAACCAGAUCUUCAGAUUUGAUUACGCGUUUGACGAGACGUGUAACAACGAGAUAGUCUACAAAUACACAGCGAAACCGCUGGUCCAGACAAUCUUCGAGGGUGGCAUGGCCACGUGCUUCGCAUACGGCCAGACCGGUAGCGGCAAGACUCAUACUAUGGGCGGCGACUUCAACGGCAAAACGCAAGAUUGUAAGAAGGGUAUCUACGCCAUGGUUGCCAAAGACGUGUUCAAGAUGCUGAAAUUGGCAAAAUAUCGGCCUUUGAAUCUGGUCAUUUCCGCUAGCUUCUUUGAGAUUUACUCCGGCAAGGUGUUUGAUCUCUUGGCAGAUAAGGAAAAGCUGAGAGUUCUGGAAGACGGCAAGCAGCAGGUGCAAAUAGUGGGAUUAACAGAAAAAGUCGUGGAGAAUUGCGACGAAGUAUUAAAGUUAAUACAACACGGAAAUAGCGCCAGAACGAGUGGUCAGACAAGUGCUAAUUCCAAUUCUUCGAGAUCGCACGCAGUAUUCCAAAUAAUAGCGCGUAUCCCGGGUACACACAAGGUACACGGCAAGUUUUCGCUCAUCGAUCUUGCUGGUAAUGAAAGAGGUGCUGACACGUCGUCCGCUAAUAGACAAACUCGAAUGGAAGGUGCUGAGAUCAAUAAAUCUUUAUUAGCGUUAAAAGAAUGCAUACGCGCGUUAAGUCGUAAGGGUACGCAUUUGCCUUUUAGAGCAAGCAAGCUGACUCAAGUGUUGAGGGAUAGUUUCAUCGGUGAAAAAUCAAAAACGUGCAUGAUAGCAAUGAUUAGUCCUGGGAUGAGUUCUUGCGAGCAUUCGCUGAAUACAUUGCGAUACGCUGAUCGAGUGAAAGAAUUGGCAGCGAAUGAUCCUACAGAAGUAAAAGCUUCACCGACGGACGACGAUCGGGGUAUGAAGAUCGAGGAACAGGGAAACAACAGUGUUCUAUCGGAUAGCGAUUUGGCGCAGCUUCGAUCUCUCAAUGAAGGUGAACUUUCGCAAGAUCUGUACACUUUUCACGAGGCAGUAUCUGCUCUGCAGAUGCUCGAAGAAGAAGUGUUGGAUACGCACAAACUGGUCAUGGAUAAUACAACUAAAUUCCUUAACGACGCGCACAGUGUGUUCAGCGCGACUCACGAAGUGGACUAUGAUCAAGAAGAUUUGAGGCGGAAAAGAACAAAGUUUGAAUCACCCUACCUGAGGAGUUUCUCGUUGCGUAGACAUCUUAUAGAGAGAAAACUAUUUUCCGACGCAUAUGUCCAAAAAUGGGAACAGUUGCUAAUACAGCAACGUGACAUCCUCAAUGCCGCUCUCGAUCAAGUCAGCCAGUUCCGCGGGCAGCUCUUACAGGAGGAACAAAUCAGUCAGAAGAUGACCCGAACGCGCAACAUUACAACGCGGUACAAUUAAGAUUGAUACUUUAACGAUUGCGAAACGAAAAAAGACACAAAAGUAAUUAUCUCUCUCUCUCAUCAAUGAGAAAAACCCGCUUCUAAUGUGUGUAUUGAUCUUUAAAAUUACAAGCGCGUGAAAAGCAAGUAUACAUGACAUAGUGCGAUGAAUAUGAGAACACAAGUAAUAAAAUUCCAUCUUGUCUUCGAAAUUGUUAUCAAAAGUACAUCGACGAGAAACAAGAAGUUUGACUCGUAUAAAAUUCACCUUAGCUAUAUAAGGAUUCUUUUUGAAUUAUUCUUUGAGUGAAACAGAAGAGAGAAGCGUAGAAAAAGAAUUCUAUAAGAAUUCGUAAAAAGAGAAAUCAAGUUUUUGUUUUUGCGAAUUUUAUUUUCAUUAUUUUAUUAUAUAUACUUUAAAAUUUAAUUUUUUUUAUUAUUUAUAUGUACUCUUUCUUGUAGACUUCUCUCUUCUGUCUCACUCACAGAAUCAUUCAAAAAGAAUCAUUAUAUAAUACAGGAUCGCUAGGCUGGAUUUUAUAGUAAUCGAGCUUGUUUUCUCGUCGAUAUACUUUUUGUAGCAAUUUCAAAGGCAAGACGUAGUUUUGUUACUUGCGUUCUCAUAUGUCGCACUGUAAUGGCAUGUAUACUUGCUUUUCACGCACUUAUAUAGUACAGGAUCGCUAGGGUGAAUUUUAUACAAGUCGAACUUUUUGUUUUUUUCGUUUUGUUUUUAUGUAUUGGAUUUAUUCGUCUCUGCGAAAAAUGGCGGAGAAUUUUUAGUCAGAAUUUUUCGUGUUUCUUUUAGUUUGGAACCGUAAAGAAAUUUUGAGUGAUCGUGAUUGAAUCGUUCACAAGAUACUCUUAUUAUAUACAAUUUUUUUAUUUAGUUAAGUAAACCAAGUUUCACCAGUAUCUAAUUACAUGUUUUUAAAACAUAUUCUUGCGCGUUUUACACAUUUUUGGGCCGCACCAAGACUACCGUAGAAAUUUGAAGCCGUCGAUACGUACUCGUGUACACGAUUUGUCCGUCUUCGAAAUGCAAAGUAUCAUCAAGAAUAAUAAUGCGUAAGCUAUGAAAUCAGAUUAACACACAGUUUUAGACUAUAGAAUGCUAGGUGUUAUUACGGAGGACCUAGUAAUAAUAUUGGACAAACAGGAAAAACCUUAGUAUGUCGAUUUGCCAAGGAGGAAUGGAAAUAUGUAUAUCAUGGCGAUACACACACUCAUCCAUACACGCAGAUACACAAAUGCAUAACAUACACGCGCAUAGUUAUGGACGACAUUCGUAAACCAAAUAACGACUGAUUUCGAAAAAAAUGUAACUCUUAGAAUAUAAGAAACUGCACAGCGCAGCGCUCAUCCAAGUUCGGAUGUUUAAGUUUUUUAGUAUUAAUAUCGUCGACGGCACAUCAAACGGUUCACUUUUUUUCUUACGUAAUUAAAAAUAUGAGAUUAAAAUUUUCAUUUG